CUGUCGGCUACUCGCUCAACUCUCGAGUGUGAUCGGGGUUAACUAUCAUCGGUUCAAGUUGAACGCCACUCGUGUCUGAAGUUGAGCUUGGUAGUCGCCUGAGAAAAAUGCUUUUUUUAGGCUUUAUUACCUGUCUUGUAUUGCGCACCUUUUGUGCGGAGGGCAGCGAUGUGCUGGAGCUCGGAGACUCGGACUUUGAUCAGACCACAGCCAUGCACGAGACAAUGCUAGUGGAGUUCUUCGCACCCUGGUGUGGUCACUGCCAGAGGCUUGCUCCAGAAUAUGAGACUGCUGCCACAAAGCUGAAAGGGACGGUGCCUUUAGCAAAGGUUGACUGCACUGUGAACACUCAGUCCUGUGAGAGAUUUGGAGUGAAUGGAUACCCCACGCUUAAAAUCUUCCGCAAUGGAGAGGAAACUGGAUCUUAUGACGGGCCCAGAUCCGCAGCUGGAAUUGUGAGCUACAUGAAAAAGCAUGCUGGGCCGAGUUCUGUGACUCUGCACAGUGAAGCAGAUUUGGAUUCUUUUGUUGACAACUUUGAGGCCAGUGUGGUGGGAUUUUUCUCUGGGGAUGACAGUGCACAGCUGGCAGAGUUUCUCAAGAUUUCUAGCGCCCUGAGCGACAGCUAUCGAUUUGCUCAUUCCACUGUUCUGGGAACCGGCCUGAAAUAUGGGGUGGAUGGAGAGACUGUUCUGUUGUUUCGCCCCCCACGCUUGAACAGCAAGUUUGAGGACAGCGUUGUGAAAUACACUGAAACAGUUUCGACUUCCUCACUGCGAACAUUUGUCAGAGACAACGUAUUUGGUCUCUGUCCACAUUUGACCACUGAGAACAGAGACAGUCUGAGGGAAAGUGACCUGCUUACAGCGUAUUACAAUGUCGAUUAUUUAAGGAAUCCAAAAGGCACAAACUAUUGGAGGAACAGAAUAAUGAAGGUGGGGACACAAUUCCAGGGUCGAGGUUUGAAGCUCGCAGUGGCAGAUCGGCAGGAGUUCCAGGAUGAGCUUGAGGAGGAGUUUGGUCUGGGUCAGUCAGAGGAAGGAGAUUUACCCCUCGUCACCAUCCGGACAAGAGCAGGACACAAGUACGCCAUGCAGGAGGAAUUCACGAGAGAUGGGAAGUCCUUGGAGACGUUCUUGGAGGAUUACUUUGCUAACAGAUUGAAGAGAUAUGUUAAGACUGAGGCUGUUCCAGAGUCAAAUGAUGGCCCUGUCAAGAUUGUGGUUGCUGACAAUUUCGAUGAGAUUGUAAACGAUCCAGAGAAGGAUGUGUUGGUGGAAUUUUACGCUCCCUGGUGUGGCCAUUGCAAGAACCUGGAGCCCAAAUAUAAGGAGCUUGGAGAAAAGCUUGCUGGCGACCCCAACAUUGUUAUAGCUAAAAUGGAUGCCGCUGCUAAUGAUGUACCUCCAAAUUUUGACGUCCAAGGCUUUCCAACAAUUUACUUUGUACCCUCUGGACAAAAAGAACAACCACAACGAUAUGAGGGUGGUCGUGAAGUUAGUGACUUCAUCAGCUACUUGAAAAAAGAGGCCACCAAUCCGCUCGUCUUAAACGACUCAAGAGACGAACUGUAAAACAAACAUUUAGAUAUUGCAUUAAACGGGUGGAGAAAUGCACAGAACUACAGUGAAGUGAUCGGUUGAUCUUCAGUCUAAUAAUUUACUCAAAGCCUAAAAGCAGCUGAUCGCUAUCAAAUUGAAUGGGAUCAUCAAUGCGGGAAAAGUCACUAAAGCAGGAAGUCACUUGUUAAAUGUUAGGAAUGCGGUUUAAACGUCUAAUGCUGAAAUCUUUUUUUUUUAAAACAUUAGUUAUUUAACAAUCUGUUGCCUUUUGCAAGUUGGCACAAUUUUCUUUCAUUCUCUGUUGUUUGCAAAAAUCACUGUAUACAUGAAAAUGUUAUUCCCUUUCUUUUGUACAACCUUUAUUUAAAGAUUUAUAGGUCAUACAUGUUACCAUAGCAUCCUGAAAAGUUCUGUAUGAUAAUGUAUAUCACAAUCAAUACACAUUUAUCAUGUUUUAUAUUUAUUGUGGUAAUGGACUAUGUUACACAGAAUGUUUGCACAGGUUUACAGGUCAAAAAUAUUUUUUUCCAAACAAUAUGUUCAAAGAUUACAGAUAUAUUAUACAUUUGCCUGAAUUCUUCUGUUUAAAUUAAGUAUAUGUGUUACAUCAUUACAAACACCUUAAUAUUUAGUUUACACAUUUUCAAUGUUCUUGUAAUGUACUUUAUUAUUUUAAAUAAAUCUGUGGUUUAUUUAAAUAUGACCAUAAAGCAUA